AUGGAACGUUGCAAAGAAAACUACGAAGAAAGCUACAAAAUUGCAAAGGGAAGUUUGAAUGAUUUAAAAAACCGUUUAUUUUGCAUCAUAUCCGCAGCGUUUUAUGUUCAAAUUGCGACACUGGAGAACAUUCUGGCAAUGAAAACAAAGAAUCUCAAGGAACUGUCUUCUUUAAUGAGGAAGGCACUGGCAGAAAAAUAUUACGACACCGCAAGCAGUCACUUGAACGAAAUUCAAGGGAACGGUACCACAAAAGCAGAAUAUCAACAAAAGGUUUAUAUCAACAAAGCCUUGCUUUUCUUGGGUUGCUCCCUCUCCGGUGAUAUGCUACCCGAUUCCGACACGCUCAUAAACAUCGAAAAGGCGCAGGAAUAUUUACUGGAAACACAAAAAAUCAUCCAUAAAGGCUACCCUGCACUUAGCAAGUUCAGAAAUAUUCAAAUCUUUUCGCACAAGCCUGUUUGUCUUACAGGUUGGGUAACGACGAUCCAUCUCGACAGACCGAGAGAUGCUGUGAACUACAGCAAAGAAGCAGAAGUUUGGCAAAAAUGUGCGAAUUUGUCGAAAUGA